AUGGAAGAGCUGCCAAACACCCCAAAAGGAGGUGGACCACUGGCCUCUGGGGAAAACAUCAGCCCCAGUAUGGAGGGGGGCAAUGGUAAAAGUGAAUGUUUUGGGGAAGGCUGCCCCUCCCUUGCUGGCAUGGAAACCAGCAUUAAUAUGGAGGGCAGCUGCACCCAGUCUCCAGCAAGCCCAUUGUCACCCUCACCGGAUGGCGAGGACAUCCUGUCCCCGGCCUUCACAGAUACCCUGUCGGCGGCCUGGGCGCCUACUGGGUCUGUGAGGAAGAGCAAGACCCACGACUGUGUGGCAGGCAUGGGGUGGUGUGCCGUUGAGGUGGAUGGCAGGUCCACUGAUAGUGGAGGCCACACACCCACUGUCCGGCACAGGGGGAAGCUGGUCAGCAGUGUCAGCUUCUCUGGGUUUGCGGUCUCGCCGAGCGGACGGGCAAAGCUACUGCGGGAGAACCGUGGGGCAUCCUGCAGCCGGGACAUUAUCGAUUACCGCAACCUGACACCACAGGUGCCAUUUGUGCCCUCCUUCGCCAAGUCUAUCCCCAAGAAGAGGAUCUCCCUGCGGAGGCCCAGGAAGGCCAUUAAAGAUCUUCUGGGUAAGAAGAGGACAAAACAGGAGAAGGCGGUCUCCCCUCGCCUGACUCCUAGCAUGGCGGGAAUGGACCAGUUGGUUGUGCCUAAUGGGGCUGGAAAACACAGCAGGUGCCGGGACCUCCCCUCUAUGGGGUACUUGAGUCCCCACAAGUACAGUGACCCCCAAUCAGACUCUUCUUCUGACUACUGCCACAACAUCUGUGAGGACGUCACGUCCCUGAAGAGCUUCGGCUCCCAGACAGGGUGUGGCGAGAUAUUCGCAGAUGAGGAGAACCACCUACCUUUGGAGGCCACACAGGGCCAAGAUCCUGACAGGGACCUAUGCGAGCCCAGGAAAUCCAGCCCUGUGGUAGGGUCCUUCCAGGGAGGGGUGGAGCAGAUGGCCUCUCCUGCCCACUCGGAGAUCCUGGACUUGUUUGGUAUGUGGGACAGUCUUGGCAGACCUGUUCUCUUGAGGCAGAGUCCCAUGAAAGAGGGCAAAGUGGUAAAUGCUUUACCGUCCAUCAUCUCCCCGACUAAGCCGACUGACAAACACUCGGCUGCUUCUCCCCAUGUCUCUAUUCGGACGCCGGAACAGAGGACGGAUACAGUGAUGCAAAAAAGUGACAACCAGGAAACCAUCUCCACCAGCGAUGAAGGCUACUAUGAUUACAUCUCCCCAGGUCAGGAUGAGACCAGCAGAGAGGUACUUUCUCCCUGCCUAUCAGCCCACUUUCCCAGGGACAGCUACAGUGGGGAUGCCCUCUAUGAGCUGUUCUACGAGCCUGGCCAGACGGGCAUGACCCCUAUCUUUGACGAUGAGAUGGGUCUGUCAGAGAGUGUACUCGGUCUGACUGGCGACCUCCCUCUGUCCAUGUACAGUUUCCAUGUUGGGGCGGAGGAGAACCUGGCCCCACCCUUAGCUCCACCUCUGGACCUGGUUGGCCAGGAGCUCCUGCAUAGCAACUGGAGGGGGAAAGACUGUCUUCUUAAGCUGUGUGAUACUGAGAUCUCCUUGGCUAUGGGCAUUAUGAACUGGUUCAAGCAGAGAGCUGAGAGGACGAGUCAGGCAGAGCCUGAAAACAAUGAGUUGGACAACGGAAAAGGUGCUACCGCCACUCAGCAGAACAGUGGAUCAGUUUCUCCCAAGAUUCAGGAAGGGGAAAAGGCCCAACUGCCAGUCAGUGAUUAUUACAACACAGAGCCAAUGAACCCCAAAGAGGGUGUAGCGUGCCAGCCAGAUGCCAGCCCAGUGCUAGCCGAUGUUACGCCAACUGCCAUCGAUAAAGGGCCCAUAGCAGUCUCUCCAAACAGCAACAGCCACGUGAAGAGCCAGAUCACCACCCCCACGAAUGGCUUUUGCUUCCGAAUAUUUAAUAAGGAUUCCCCCCUGACCCCUGAAGGAGACCUGGCGUCCCCUGCGCUGAGAUCGCCAGGCUCUGGGACAAGUGCUGUGUUCCUUCUGGCAAUUAACAAAGAUUUACUCUGCAGCUCUUGCAAGAGCUCCCUGAAGCAGAAGCAGAAGCAGGGCUCCAAAGAGCUAUACCUUUGUGUCUCUUGUCUGUCCUUCAUUGAGCAUAUCUCAACCUCUGAUCUCUCGCAUUACACCAGCUGCGCCAGGUCAGAUUCCCCGGGUACUCCCCAUUCACUCCCAAGAGGCUUCCUGGAUUCUCCCAUCAGCCCUUGCAUGUCAGGAAGUGAUAUUGACAUACUCCGGAUUCUUGAGCAGUGUGUCGGCCAGGUGUCCUCCCUGAAGAUCAGUGGCAGCCCCAGCCCUGGGGACCAAGACAAGGGUGCCCCCUUCCCUCAGCUUGGUAGCAAGAAAGAUGUUAAAAUGGAGGGCAAAGGGCAGAGGCAAAGGUCUCUCAAAUCAAAGCAUAAGCGGAAAAUCAGUUGUGGAGGGAACAGAGACAAGGGCCAUGAGACGUGUGGCUUUGAUAAUUGUUCCUUACCUCACCUCAGGACUGACAGUCUGGGGUCUCCUCCAUUGCUGAAGCCUGGCAGCCUGGGUGUGACCACCACUAGCGACUCAGACAAAAUAGUCCUGGAAACAUACAAGAGUCCAUGCUCGGAAUACAAUCCAAACUGCGGCCAAACACCCAGGCCCAGGUCCCUCCCGUUGUCUAAUUCCUCCUACUCAGAGUUUGCCAGCAGCCAGAGUGACGUCGUAGCCCCAAAUGGAGAGGUCUCUGCCUCCACUAGGGGGCAGCCACGUGAGAAAAUGAGGCGGCACAAGAAGUCAGCCGUGAACCGUGACGGGCCUUGUGGCUACGUCAUGCUGGAGGAGAAGAAGGUGGAACGGCGACGCAGGAUGAAGAAAUGAAAGUAGUUAAGCCACCACAGGCUGCUCACAUACAAACCCAGCAAGAACAGCACCAAUCCUGUCUUCAAAAGCCAGCUCCAACACUGUCUCCAAAUUUCAACUUCUUAACUGUGUUUCUACACUCCUUCCUCGAGUACCACCUCUGGCCACCACCCCUCAAUCAUCCCCAUCUCUAGCAAAUCUAUAUUCACCUACUCAAAAUGUGACUAAUCCUCAAUCUAGCCCCCAAAUCUAUCUCUCCUUGUCACACCUCCAACACCAAUCCAUUUACUGCUAUCCCAAAUCCAACCCCAACUCCAGCUAAUAUCUAAUGUCUUCUCCUUCUCAAAUGUGUCUAACUGCAUCUCCACCUCUGCAUAGGAGAUUUUUUAUUCAUUUCCACUCUAGUCUCUAUUUCUAUGGUUUUUGAAAAUGUUCACAAAUUUGGAUUAAUUUAGAUAUUCGUGACCUCAGUAAACAGAGUUUUGAGGACAAUUGUGGUGUGCCAGUCAAGUCUUUUGCACUAGUUUUGAUGCUGAAAGGAAUAGCCACAACUAUCCUUUUAAUCUUUUAUAUACAGUACAGCAAAUUUAGAAGAACAAGCAAAAGGACAGUAAAACAUAACAUCUUCAUUGUAUUUACUAUCCUUUAACUGGUGUUUUACCAAGCAUAUGAUGCAGUUUUUUUUACCAGAUAAAAAAAAAAACCUUGUUAAUUGAAGUUAAAAUAGCGACAGAAUACUUUAUUACUUUUGCAAAGCACACUAUAUUCCUAUGCUGUCUGUUUCGUCUUUAUUGGACACAUUUAUUAAAUGAAUUGGGUUUAAAUAAAGAUUUGGGGUCCGACUGGCCCUCCUCUCUCUGAGGAGCUGUCUCACAGAGAGUGAAGUCCCCUUUCCCCGGUUCCCACGGUAACAUUCAGAAAGGUCUGGAAGAGGGUGAGAAUCAUGUGUAGGAACCUGGCAGGUCAGCUUGGUGUUUCUCACGUUCUCUCCAAGCCUUUAUUUAUUUAUGAAUAAAGUCAUCCUCAAAACCAAUUUUUAAUUCAUUAGCAGUUCAAUGGAUACCAAAGUUGGUCAGUGCAAAAUGUUGGUCUUUUUCUUUAAAGACAGUUAGGCAUUUCGUCCAAAUACAUAUUGUUGUUAUUUAUUAUAUAUAAAUUGACCAUGAAUCAUGAUAGUGAUUUAACUGGACAGUUUUGGAGAAUGAAAAGGGAACUUAUUCUGACUAAUGAUGAAGUAACAAAUGUUAAUGUAUGGUCAACUGUUACUGUAUAUUUUAAAAUAUAUGAAUGUAUCGAUGUUUGACAUGUAUUGAAAAAUAUACUCCUUGUAUUCUAUAUACGUUUAAUUUCGAUGCAUAUAUUGUAGAAUAUAUUUUACAGUAUGUUUUGUUGAAAUAUAUUUGACAGUGUAUGCAUGUAAUAGCAAUUGCAAAUUAUAAUACAGAUAUAUUUUCUCAUAAAUGUGGUAUAUUUUCACAUAUGAAAAUAUAUUCUUGUUGGAUUUUUCAUAUAUUGUACGCAAUGUAUCACUUUUUAGAGUUUUGCUAUCCAGUAAACUAAUUGGACAUCAGAAUGGAGCUUUACCCAUGUAAUAUGAAUAUUGUCUUUGCUAAUUGAUAGUCAUUCUCAUACCUACAAAUUUCCUUAUAGUCUCUGAAAAAGCACUUUCCAUUUUCACUUUACUUUCAAUGUAUAAUUGUUUCAAAAUAGCGGUUUAUUCUUUUCACUAUUGCCUUUGAUUCAACCUGAGGCUGUUGGUCCCAACUGUUCGCAUGGCUUUGACUUUUCACUAUGAGUGGUCCUUGUGGCUGUGAAGGUUAUGGGCCAGUUUCUUUGCCUCAUUGUACAAUCAUCCUGUACUGAUGUGUUGAGCUUCAAAGUGUGUUGAUUGGCUAAAUUAUUGAGUUCACUGGAGUUUGAUGAACCAUCCAGAUUAUGACACAUUAGCAAAUAUGCACUGGACUGGUGCUCAUUUUCCACUUAACUGUUAACUGUUGCCUCUUGCAUGGUCUGGUGUGUCUGCCACCUGGUGGCCAGUAACCUAUUGCAAUGUAGUAGGUCUAAUUUUUACAGCCACCAAAUUUAAAGACAACUAAGCUUAUAUUAUGUAUCAUAUAUAUCAUUUGGAAAAUAUAUGAACACAUCAGUGCAAUACAGAGUCCUAAAAGGUAUUAAAAACCAGCAAUAAUACAUUGACACACUUAAUGAACAAAAGUACAGCAUAUCAGCUUUAAAUUCACAGUGGUAUGUUUACCUCUGCCUAUAAGGACCACCUAUAUUUCUGUGGUUACUCUCUCUCUCUCUCUCUACAAGUAUAAUGCAAAAGAAAACCCAGUUGACAAGAACAAGCUACCUAAUUCUCAACUGCUGUAAAGGAGUUAGACCUUGAUUAUGGGGUACGUGCUGUUUUUAACAGAGACAAAGAUAGAGCCAGGCAGAGACUGAAGGAUAUAUAGAGGGGAAGUAAAAGAGGUCGAAUGAGUGUGGGGAAGAGUGUGGGAGAAAGAGGGUGGGGGUGGGUGUGAGGGAAUAAGAAAGGCCAGGUGGUGGGAGAGAAUGGCAUUCUGCUAAAGCCUGGAAGUGAAUGACAGAGCAGUAUUAGAUUUCAGCCACCGCCAUCUUGUUCAGGGGCUCAACAAUGGAAAUUGCCAUCAGUGGCUGUGUGCCACAUCAGAUUCUCACCCCACCCUCCUGUCCCUCUGCUUCUCAGAUACCACAUUAGCAGGAAAUACGGUACUUUCAGGGCAAAAGGUCCUCCUCUUUAUUUUAAAUAGAAUUCAAAUCCCCCCCCCCCCCCCAUAUACAUCAUCAUUGCAUAUGUAAUGAUGAUGCAUUUAAUUAUUGCAGUGUAGUCAAAUCAGAUGUAUGAUUCAUGAUUCUGUGUAUGCAAUCUUUAUUUUUAAUUUAUUAUUCAUGGUUAUUUUAUUUAAAUACCAGAAAAUGGCCAAAAAUGGGAUUAAGAGGACGUGACAUCAGAGACAUGUACCUAUCAUGGCAUGUCUUGGGUAGUGCUUCCGCCUACAGCGAUGUGGACUAGAACCUGAGGUUGCUGAUUCAGGUAGUUGGAUUAAUUACAGUACAGCUCUUGUACUCUUGAGCAAAAGUACUUAGCCUGAUUUUUUGUCUGAGUGAAGAUCCGUAUAUUGUAGGAGGACAGUAUUAAAUAAAAAUUAUGUACAUGAUGAAAUUAAACUAGAUCAAAAUAUUUGCUGGAAUUUGUGUAAACCGUUUCAAAAAGGUAUGAUUUUAGUAGCUAACAGCAAGUAAAAUGGAUUUAAUGGUGGUUUUGGUUUCUGUGCCACAAUUUAGAGUUAUGGAUGAUGGGACAGUCUAGCAGAAUAUAUGUAGGCCUACAACUACUGUACAGCAUAACGAAUCAACUGCUGAUCAAAUACAAUGUUAUCAAAAUAGCAAGUCUAGUGCAUAUUUUGUGAAAAAUAUGAAUGUAAGUGUUUGCAUGCAUGACUUUAACUUGAACUAAAAGUGCAAUACAUUAUUUCACCGAAUGCUACAGGCUUACACAUUUAGCAUUUAUAAUUUAGGAACAAUUUGCGACAAGAUUGGCUUUAUUUUUUUUAUUCACAAAGUGGUUUUCGUGCAAUAUUCUGUCCAAUGUAUAUUAGGCCUAUGUCCGUCUGUUUUCUAAGAUUGCUUUAACAUUAUGUACAUACUGUACCGUGGACAAUAAAGCUUUUCUCUGUG